UCGUGAUACUCGCCGACGACUUUAGCUCGACGUCCUGGUGUUUCUGGACCGUAAUGAGGCAAGUGAAGUAGUAAGCGUUUGUGUUAGAUGACGGGGUGUUGCGCUUUUGCGUGCAGCCAGAGUUCUGGUAGUGGAAAAAAGUUGUUCGCCUUUCUUCGGAAAACCGAUCUGAAGAGGCAGAAGGCAUGGCUCCACAUGAUUGGGAGGAAAAACUUCGUCCCUACCAGAAGCAGCAAGCUUUGUGAGGACCAUUUUGCACCGGAUCAGUUUGAACCUCAGAUCUGGCAGAGCCAUGGCAUUAAAAAACUUAAACCAGACGCUGUCCCCACCAAGUUUAGCCAUAGGCUGCCAAAGCCAGUUCAAAGACCACCGCGAGAAAGGGAAAUGUUCAAGAUAACAGGGGAGCCAAUGCAGGAGGAAGACAGCAUCCAGACGCUUCAAUCUCUGAAUUCAACUGCUGCUCUCACAGGUUUUACAAUUUCACCACAACCCUUGCCCACGCACACAGAGGCACAAUCCAGCAAAGUGCAAAACUGCGACCAGGAGUAUGUGCCUCAGGCGGGCCCUCCAGUUGGUGAGUCACACGCAAUUCCAGCAUUUAGUAGCCGGGCACACGCAGCGACAUGCAGUCACAAUCAUCCUUAACUCGAGCGUGUGCCAGGCAUACUCUGGGCUAA